CCUCGACCACGUGGGAGUGGUUUGCAAUGUCCAGCUUGUGAUCAACGACAUUUUUCUUCAAUGCCAAGCCAAACAAGAAUCGUGGGGGCGGUCGCGUGGAACGAAUGAGAGAGAAGCAGAACGGGACACGCAAACCGUGUGCCCCGAUGUCCACGUCAUCCGUUCCCGCCGUCCCAUGCACUUGCGACACGUGGCACGACAAGAUGAUAAUGAUGACGGCGGUGAUGAACACGAUGAUGGUGACGAUUGCGGUGGUGAUGUUGAUCUGGGUGACGAUGUCGCUGGCGCUGAUGACGAUGUUGAUGACGAUGAUGAUGUCGAUGAUGACGUUCGUGAUGAUGAUGUUUGUGAUGACGACGAUGAUGAUGAUGACGAUGAUGACGACGAUGAUGAUGAUGUUGAUGAUGGCGAUGACAACGAAGAGGACGAUGGUGGUGAUUUUGAUGACGGCGACGAUGUCGCUGAUGAUGAUGAUGUUGUUGAUGACGUUGAUGAUGUUGAUGAUGAUGUCGAUGAUGAUGACAAUGUUGAUGACGUUGCCGAGGUUGAUGAUGAUGUUGUUGAUGAUGAUGAUGAUGCUGAUGAUGAUGAUGAUGAUCACGAUGACAAUGAUGGUGAUGAUGAUGAUGAUCAUGAAGAUGAUUACGCUGAUGGUGGUGGCGAUGAUGAUGGUGAUGAUGGGGGCGAUGAUGAUGAUGAUGAUGAUGAUGGCAAGCAAGGAUCACGGGGCUGCUCGCGAGGAAAGAACGAGCAGGAAUCAGAAGGGGACACAGAAACCAUGUGGCCCAAUAUCACCGACAUCCUUUCCCUCCGUCCCCGCAACUUGAAACAGGUGGCGAGACGCGGCCGCUCCCAUGGGCCGGCAAACAUGCCUGACACGUGGGCAGGCAAAACAACACUUUACCUUGAAGAGGGCACAACGCACAGGAUGGCGCUGCUCUUUGACGGCUCAGAGUUCUUCGAGGAGGCGCAGUUCUUCGAGGAGGCGCAGUUCUUCGACGACGGCGAAGCGCACACGAUGGCGCAACUGUUCGACCAGGGCUCAGCGCAAACAGCGCCGUGUGGUCCUGUGAUCUUCGUCGAAGCCAACAAGCGCCGCAGGGUUCUGGGGGCUGUCUUGGGGUGGGAGAAUGCUAAAGGCAGUCGUCGACGGUUUUACAUGAAAAAUGUGUACAGUUCGAAGGGGAACGUCGUCGUCGGUGCCAAGGGGGCAGUUCUCGACAUGUGUCUGUUCGAGGGGUUCGGAGCGGGUGCUGCGAACACCCCAUUCUACAACGACCUCCUCCGGCAGGGCGGGUUUGUUUUGGGUCGAGAGUUCUUCGACCUGUUGGAGGACACGGGCACCGCCCUCAACGUCCCUUGCGAAGUCGGUCCCGACCUGGAACUGUCAAUGCCUUUGCAGCCGUGCGGCGGUUGUGAGUCGAGCGGGGCAGCGGGGGAGGGGGGGGAUCUGGGUUCCGGGAAGGCUACACAUGUGCAGCGGGAGAAUGUCAGAGGUCAGUUUCACGACAGCGAAGAUGAGGCGGCACCUCGUUCGCCGUUUUCGCCGUCAAGGGAAAGAGACAGGUCCGUGCUGUCCAUACCUGGGGUCCGGCAACAGACCGCAGCGGAUCCCGAAGAAGAGGGAGUCCUGUGUGGGUCUGACUUGGAGCCCGCCGAGGGCCAUUGCGCGGAAGGCGAGGCCGUGGGCGGGGAGGGAGCGCAGGGCACUCCCCAAAAAAGAAGGGGAGAAUGUCAAGAAGAGUUGGUGGGCUCUUCGAAGAAACAGAAGACCAAGACCCCGAGGACUGCGGGAGAGAAACGGAAGGGGAGGGGGGUGGAAGAGGGUCACCCGGGUAGCAAACGUCCAGCUUCGAAACAUAAACAGCCUGAGUUGGGACCUUCUUCACCACGGCCUGCCAUCGACGUGGACGCCAGGUACUUCCUGGAGUACAAAGACGGCGUCAGGACAGGGCGGGAGUUUGAGAUCAGCCCGACUCAGAUCGUUGACAUAAGGGAGUGGGAGGAUCUUUACAACCAGCGGUCGCUAGAUCCCGUCCUCGUGGAAACGAUAAGGGAAGCAAUGCGGUCUGCGUUCGAAAAUAAAGAACAAACGUACGAGUUGCCGGUCUUCAAGCUCGCACCAGUGGGGCUUCAAGAACCAACUCCGGGGACCAAGGCACAACGUCUGAAGCCGGAGGAGUGGAAAGAUGAGCUGGCGGGAGAAUACUACUACUACGCGGUGUGCGGGCAGCACAACGCGGCUGCAGCCAGGUUGCUGCUCGGCAGCGAGGUGGCCAAGAAGUACAAUUUCGAGCGGUGGCCGGCACGGAUGGUGUACUUUUCCGACGAUGACUUCGAAGGGUAUUUUCUUGUUAGUUCACAGGACAACAAGAAGGACCUGAAGGCGCCUCCCAGACAGUUGAAACUUUCUAUGAAAGACAUUCGAUGGCAGUGGAAGCAUGACGGCUGCCCGAGAGCUGUGAUGGGGAACCCUAGCGGGAAACAAGAUCAGUUCCGGGCUUGGCGUAAGUUUUGUACAACGACGCUCCAUAAGGCGCCUCAAAACAGCUUGUGGCUUCUCGCGGAUCAAAAGGAAGAGGAGGCCAUUAAGAAGCAAAAUGAUGCCCUGCGUUCUUACUUACCUCUAGCGAUGGCCGGGGAAAAUGUCUGGAAACUGGCCAUGGAAUUUUUCGAAAAAUGGGAGACGGGCAGAUUGCUGAGCCACGAUGGGGCGAAGUGGACCGUCAAAAAGAAGAAGGUCAAAAACAUAAAGCCUAGGGUCGCCUACAUCCACAACGACAAACUGGGCAGAACGGAGGUGGUGUACAACGUCCCCGUGGACCCGCCGAAUAAAAAGGGCAAAAAGGAGAAAGAGGAGGGCGAUUGGUUCGUGCAAGUGCUAGACCCGGACGCGCAUUGUUGGAAAGCAAUUGAAUCACUCAAGGACAAUGAGAAGUGCCGCGUUCUGAAAAAGGUGCUUGCUUGCGAGGUCGUUUGGGUCCACGCCGGUUCCCCGUCGUUGGCGAAGUUGGGAAAGCUCAGCGUGCAGGACAUGACUCAGCUGGUGAAGUGCGACCGCCUGCUGGUCCGGUUGUGGAAUUACUACCAAUUCAAGCACGAGAAAAGGCCGGACGAGGACUGGAUCCAAAUGUACCCUUUCCUGAAAUUGAGGUCUGCCCUGUUCAAGAAGUUUGAAGGUCAGGGAUUGGAUGACGAGUUGUGGGAUAACAGCAGGAAACAUGUUUCCGACUCGGCGCUGUUCGAGGACUGCCCGCCGUACAUGGGUUGCAACCAGGACAACUCGAUUAAGGUGACGGAGAAGUUGGCGGGCCACAAGAAGUUGUCCAUCGACUGGAGAAACAAGGUUCUCUCCGUGUUGAAUGGAAGCAGACUCGAGAGCCGGGAAGUUGCACUUGCCGAAGGCAUCGUUCACAUUAAAUGGAAAGACACGGGGGACGUGACAUCCAUCGCGCCGUUCGCCAACGACCCUUUAGAGGCGGACAUCCGGGGCGCAGAGCUGAAGGAGGCAGUGACUGCCACAAAAAGCCACACGUUCGUCCUCGAUCUGUGCGAGCCGGUUGACCUCAAACUGUGGAAGCCCCAAGCGUGGGAGACUUUGAAUUCCUAUCUUCAGACGUGGUGUCCCUCACAUUGGACUUUCGUUGUUUUCGUGUCGCGGCAGCACAACCGGUCAUUUCUCGCCAGCAUGCACCAUCUUUCGUUCAUCAAGCUGUUGGAAGGGAAGUGGGUGCGGAGAGUGCAGCAAAAAAAAAGCUUCCCCGUUGGGAACAAUUUGUGCACGGAGAAAGACCGCAUGUACAUCCUCUUCAAGGGUGACGUUCUGCGCGUCAACACGUCCGUGGUCUACGAGGGAAACCUGCCCACGGGUGCCGCUGCUGCGGUGCGAUUGCCUCAAAGGGUCACCCAAACGGAUGUGUCCGAGAUUCCUUUCACAACUUGCGACUGGUCGCUGGUGGCGCCUGAACGACAGGGCAGCGUCUACGAGGAUAUGGAACGCAAUCCGACCCAAUUCGUCGGUCUUCUUGAUUUUCUUGGCAAGAAGGGAGAGGGUGUCGUGUACCUUGGGAAACCGCACGCGCGAAGCGUCUGGGAGCUUCUGAAGGCCGGCCGCCACGUUGUCGUAAUGGAAGGGAACUCCGACCUCUUGCAAUUCACGAUGCAGGUGGUGAAAAGCGAGGUCAAUUCGAGUGGACACAAUUGUGAGUUCAUGGUCGUGAGGCCAACACGGGAUAAGGUGUGGAGCAAGAAGACGGAUAUGUGGUUUAAGUUGAGCGAGAGGAAGAGGAACAAGAUAUACGAUUUCUUGUUCCUUCAAACGCGUCCGAGGAGGGACACUGACGCCGAGUAUAUCCGCCGAAAGGACCACAUGUUGGCACUGCUCGACAACUACCACUUCGCCUCCCGCAUGAACACGAAGACGUUUAUCGAAAGGCUGCAAUCGCUGUACUUCGUGGAGUCUGAGGAGCAGUUGAAGUUAGCCAGUUACGCUUCCCUGAUCUCCACUAACGACGAGGAAGCCAUAGGUGUGGAGUUUGUCGCCUACACGAAGGAGGAGGAGAGCGACACGGAGAGCAUCGACCUGCAGUACGACCUGCCUCCGGUGGACCACGGACGAGGGUCCUCGUCGGCCAGUCCAUCACCAAGCGCUGCAGCCCUCGUGUCACCAUUGGCCAAACCGGCGCCGGGCAUCACGCCGAUGAAAUUGCUGGAGAGACUUAGAGCUCUGGCCGCCCCCCCGCCCGCUUUGCGUCCCGGGUCCGUUGUCCCACCCGAUCAUCCGUCUUGGAAGGAUGACAACAUCCACUUUCUGCUUGAACCGCAACGUCAUUCACCUGAGCAGGACUGGGGCCAUGACAUGGUUUGGCAUCCGGGAGUCAUCCAGCCAGCGAUACGAAAUGGCAAGUGGUUCAUGGCCGUGGCAAUCCCGGGCGCGGGAUGGGUGUCAUUCCCACGCGAGUCGAAGUCCAACUUCCUGCACCUCGCGAGGAUUUCGGUCCUCCAGAAAGUGAAGGUCGAAAAUGACACUUUAGCACUCCGCGACCUGUCCCUCAUUUCCACUGCCGGUCGACUGUUCGACGAGCUUCAGGACAAGUGCUGGUUGGAAAUUACGGAGGACUACUACGAGCUCGACACGAGUCCGUCGAAGGGCGUGGUGGACUGGAAAGUGCCCCCUCCAAGUGGGCCGGACGGUGGUUCCGAGGGGGGGUCACCUGGAAGCGGAGGGGAUGGGGGUGGCGAUGCAGGGGGUGGCAAAGGAAUCCCGCCUAUGGGGGAGAGAGGGUCUCACGGCCGCAACUUGACACCGGGAGGCAGCGCCGGGGUGGCGGGUUUUGCCAUCGACCGGACUCCGUCGACAGGCACCUGGCCCGGGCACACGACACACUCCGCCGACCCCCAGACUUCGUCCGUGGGCUCAGCGAGGGACACGUUGGCAGCCUUGGCUGCUCUGGGCAGUCGUUCGGCCGGAAAGCCGAAGUCCGCCGGGAUCCGAACUACGUCGGGAGAGGAGCCGCCAGAGCGGUCUGGAUUGCGAAGCUGCUCGGGGUCGGGGGAUCCAAGCACGGAUCGAGAAAUUCGCAGCAUUGCGGCGUAGGACGGAGACGUAGGAACGGUGUCGCUUGAGCGGGAGCGACAGCCGCAAGGAUUGCAG